CAAAGCUCCAAAAAUCCCACAGCUAAAGAAAAAUGGCAGUGAUUCAUAGCCGUUGGAUCCUUAUUGUUCUUGUUGUUCUUAAUUUUCCGGCCGCCAUUUUUAGUUAUUCCGAAAAAGAAUUAAAAAAUUGGUGUAGCCAAACACCAUAUCCAGCUCCAUGCGAGCAAUUUAUCAAAGCCAAAGCCACCGCCAAACAUUCCCCAAUCGCCACUAAAUCCCAUUUCCUUAAACUCUUGGUCGAAACGGCACUCGACGGCGCCGUUUCGGCCCAAAAAACCGCGCUGUCUCUCGGCCCAAAAUGCCACAAUGGCCGAGAAAAAUCAGCAUUGACCGACUGCGUUGACCUCUACAAUCAAAUCAUUUCCCGUCUCAACCGCUCCGCCGACCGCUGCUCCUCCGUCGACGCCCAGACUUGGCUCAGCGCCUCCCUCACCGCCCUCGACACCUGCCGGAACAGCCUCCAGGAGCUCGGGGUUUCGGCCUUCGGCUACCCAUUGACGAGCAAUAAUGUUUCCAAGCUCAUUAGCGAUGGGUUGUCUGUGAAUAAGCCAACGUCACCCCAGGGGUUUGAGCCAACUAUGACGGAGGGGUUUCCGACGUGGGUUAGGCCCGGUGACCGGAAACUGCUGCAGUCGGGGUCUCCGAGUGCGGACGUGGUGGUGGCGAAGGACGGGUCUGGGAAUUUUAAGACGGUGAAGGAGGCGGUCGCCGCUGCGAAAGGCGGCGGGCGAUUUGUAAUAUAUGUGAAGGCGGGGGUUUAUAGUGAAAACCUUGAGAUUAAUGCUAAGAAUCUUAUGUUGAUCGGCGACGGAAUCGGAAAAACUGUCAUCACCGGAAGUAGAAGUGUCGGCGGCGGUUUCACCACGUUUAGAUCCGCCACCGUUGCCGUUGAUGGAGAUGGCUUUAUCGCGCGAGAUAUAACCUUCAGAAACACUGCCGGAGCGGCGAACCACCAGGCGGUGGCGCUCCGAUCGGGGUCUGACCUGUCGGUCUUCUAUCGCUGUGGCUUCGAAGGCUAUCAAGAUACUCUCUACGUCUACGCCGAACGCCAAUUCUACAAACAAUGCGACAUUUACGGCACUGUCGAUUUCAUCUUCGGCAACGCCGCCGUCGUACUCCAAGAUUGUAACAUCAUCGCCCGCGAUCCUCCGAAUAGGACUAUCACAGUCACCGCCCAGGGCCGAUCAGAUCCGAAUCAGAACACCGGAAUCUCGAUCCACAAUUCCCGAAUCACGUCCGCCGGCGGCCUCAGCGGCGUCAAAGCCUAUUUAGGCCGGCCGUGGAGGCAGUACUCGCGGACAGUUAUAAUGAAAUCGUCGAUCGGCGGGUUCAUCAGUCCGGCCGGGUGGCUAGAAUGGAGCGGUAGUUUUGCCCUAAAUACACUCUAUUACGGCGAAUAUAUGAAUACCGGUCCGGGAGCUUCGACGGCGAAUCGAGUGAAAUGGAAGGGCUAUCGUGUAAUUACCAGUGCAACGGAGGCCUCCAAGUUCACCGUCGGGAAUUUCAUCGCCGGUGGAUCUUGGUUACCGAGUACCGGCGUGCCUUUCACCUCCGGCCUCUAGAAACGCUGCCGUUUUACUCUGCUUACUAUUUUGUAUGUAUUCUUAAAUCUUAAUAAUCGUUAUUUGUAAACUUAUACUUCGAUAAAGCAAGUUUCUCCUUAAGAA